GAAGGGGGCUGGGGGUGCCCACAGCGUCCCCUCCAUGAGCUUGGGACUGGCGGGGGCACAGGAGGCCGAGCUGACACUAGAGACGGUUAUCCAGGUGCGUCCUGGGGGCUGUGCCUACCCUGUCCGGGGCUGUAGCGUGAACUUAGCAGGAGUGGUGAGAGACACUGGAGAGCAGCGUCCUGUGCCAGGAGAAGGGUUCGGGGGCACGGGACCUGGCCCAGGACGCUCAGACCAGCAGCCUGCCUGCCUGCAUCAGGGAGAUUGUCACUCGCAACCUCUCUCGGCCUGAGAGCCCAGUCCCGCUGCCGGCCACAGAGAUGGCAUCGCUGCUGUCACUGCAGGAGGAGAACCAGCUGCUGCAGCAGGAGCUGUCCCGCGUGGAGGACCUGCUGGCCCAGAGCCGGGCCGAGCGCGAUGAGCUCGCCAUUAAGUACAACGCGGUCAGCGAGAGGCUGGAGCAGGCUGUGCGGCUGGAGUCUGGGGAGCUGGAGACACAGGAGCCCAGGGGGCUGGUACGGCAGAGCGUGGAGUUGCGGAGGCAGCUGCAGGAGGAGCAGGCCUCCUACCGGCGCAAGCUGCAGGCCUACCAGGAGGGCCAGCAGCGGCAGGCCCAGCUUGUGCAGCGGCUGCAGGCCAAGAUUCUCCAAUACAAGAAGAGGUGCUCAGAGCUGGAGCGGCAGCUGCUGGAGAGAUCCGGAGAGCUGGAGCAGCAGCGGCUGAGGGAAACAGAGCACAGCCAAGACCUGGAGAGCGCCCUCAUCCGGCUGGAGGAGGAGCAGCAGAGGAGUGCCAGCCUGGCCCAGGUGAAUGCCAUGCUCCGAGAGCAGCUGGACCAGGCAGGCUCGGCCAACCAGGCUCUGAGUGAGGACAUACGAAAGGUGACCAGUGACUGGACACGCAGCUGCAAGGAGCUGGAGCAGCGGGAGGCUGCAUGGAGGCGCGAGCAGGAGUCCUUCAACGCCUACUUCAGCAACGAGCACAGUCGCCUGCUCCUCCUCUGGAGGCAGGUGGUGGGGUUCCGGCGGCUGGUCAGCGAGGUGAAGAUGUCCACCGAGAGGGACCUGCUGCAGCUGGGAGGGGAGCUGGCCCGGACAUCACGAGCUGUCCAGGAGGCAGGCCUGGGACUGAGCACCGGGCUGCGGCUGGCAGAGAGCCGGGCGGAAGCAGCCCUGGAGAAGCAGGCCCUGCUGCAGGCCCAGCUGGAGGAGCAACUACGGAACAAGGUGCUCCGUGAGAAGGACCUGGCCCAGCAGCAGAUGCAAAGUGACCUGGACAAGGCUGACCUCAGUGCCAGAGUGACAGAGCUGGCCCUGGCAGUGGAGCGUCUUCAGAAGCAGAAUCUGGAGAAGGAUCAGGUCAACAAGGACCUCACCGAGAAGCUUGAGGCACUGGAAUCCCUGCGGCUACAGGAGCAGGCGGCCCUGGAGACAGAGGAUGGAGAGGGGCUGCAGCAGACCCUAAGGGACCUGGCACAGGCCGUCCUGUCCGAUGCUGAGAGCGGCGUCCACCUGAGCGGCUCCGAGCGCACCGCGCAUGCAUCCGAUGGCAGCCUGCGGGGGCUCUCGGGGCAGCGGACCCCGUCCCCACCGCGGCGCUCCUCGCCGGGCCGCGGCCGUUCGCCCCGCCGAGGCCCGUCCCCGGCCUUCUCAGACUCCUCCACGCUCGCCCUGAUCCACUCUGCUCUGCACAAGCGCCAGCUGCAGGUCCAGGACAUGCGGGGGCGCUAUGAAGCAAGUCAGGACCUGCUGGGCACCCUGCGGAAGCAGCUUAGCGACACUGAGGGGGAGCGGCGCGCCCUAGAGGAACAGCUACAGCGCCUGCGCGACAAGACCGACGGCGCCUUGCAGGCCCACGAAGACGCCCAGCGCGAGGUGCAGCGGCUGCGGAGCGCCAAUGAGCUCCUGAGCAGGGAGAAGAGCAACCUGACCCACAGCCUGCAGGUGACCCAGCAGCAGGCUGAGGAGCUGCGGCAGGAGCGGGAGAAGCUGCAGGCCACCCAGGAGGAGCUGCGGCGCCAGCGGGACCGGCUGGAGGAAGAGCAGGAGGACGCGGCGCAGGAUGGCGCGCGGGUGCGCCGGGAGCUUGAGCGCAGCCAUAGGCAACUAGAGCAGCUGGAAGGGAAGCGCUCAGUCCUGGCCAAGGAGCUGGUGGAGGUGAGGGAGGCGCUGAGUCAUGCCACACUGCAGCGGGACAUGCUGCAGGCCGAGAAGGCCGAGGUGGCCGAGGCGCUGACCAAGGCUGAGGCUGGCCGCGUGGAGCUCGAGCUCUCCAUGACUAAGCUGAGAGCAGAGGAGGCCUCCCUGCAGGACUCCCUGUCCAAGAUGAGUGCCCUCAACGAGAGCCUCGCUCAGGACAAGUUGGAUCUGAACCGCCUUGUCGCCCAGCUGGAGGAAGAAAAGGCAGCCCUGCAGGGCUGGCAGCGGCGGGCAGAGCAGGAGGCCACAGUGGCGCGGGAAGAGCAGGAGCGGCUGGAGGAGCUGAGGUUGGAGCAGGAGGUGGCGCGGCAGGGCCUGGAGGGCUCCCUACGAGUGGCGGAGCAGGCACAGGAGGCGCUGGAGCAGCAGCUCCCCACACUGCGCCAUGAGCGCAGCCGGCUGCAGGAGCAGCUAGCCCAGCUUUCCCGGCAGCUGAGUGGGCGGGAGCAGGAGCUGGAGCAGGCCCGGCGGGAGGCCCAGCGGCAGGCGGAGGCGCUGGAGCGUGCAGCCCGGGAGAAGGAGGCACUAGCCAAGGAGCGCUCUGGCCUGGCCGUGCAGCUGGCAGCUGCAGAGCGUGAAGGCAGGACCCUGUCAGAGGAGGCCACACGCCUGCGCUUGGAGAAGGAAGCCCUGGAGAGUAGCCUGUUUGAGGUGCAGCGGCAGCUAGCCCAGCUUGAGGCCCGCCAGGAGCAGCUGGAAGCCGACGGGCAGGCCCUGCUGCUGGCCAAGGAGACCCUGACUGGGGAGUUGGCGGGCCUGCGGCAGCAAAUAAUAGCUACACAAGAGAAAGCCAGUCUAGACAAGGAGCUGAUGGCCCAGAAGCUGGUGCAGGCUGAGCGGGAAGCCCAGGCCUCUCUGCGGGAGCAGCGGGCAGCCCAUGAGGAGGACUUACAGCGACUCCAGCGAGAAAAGGAGGCAGCAUGGCGGGAGCUGGAGGCCGAGCGAGCCCAGCUGCAGAGUCAGCUGCAGCGUGAGCAGGAGGAGCUGCUGGCCCGGCUAGAGGCCGAGAAGGAAGAGCUGAGUGAGGAGAUCGCUGCCCUGCAGCAGGAGCGCGACGAGGGCCUCCUCCUGGCUGAGAGCGAGAAGCAGCAGGCUUUGUCUCUGAAGGAGUCUGAGAAGACAGCGCUGUCAGAGAAGUUGAUGGGCACACGGCACAGCCUGGCCACCAUCUCCCUGGAGAUGGAGCGGCAGAAACGGGACGCCCAGAGCCGGCAGGAGCAGGACCGGAGCACCGUGAACGCUCUGACAUCCGAGCUGCGGGACCUACGGGCCCAGAUGGAGGAGGCUGCUGCGGCCCACGCCCAGGAGGUGAGGAGGCUGCAAGAGCAGGGCCGAGACCUGGGCAAACAGCGAGACUCCUGUCUUCGCGAGGCAGAAGAGCUUCGGACCCAGCUGCGUCUUCUGGAAGAUGCCCGCGACGGGCUGCGGCGGGAGCUGCUGGAGGCCCAGCGCAAGCUGCGUGAGAGCCAGGAGGGCCGUGAGGUGCAGCGCCAGGAGGCGGGCGAGCUGCGGCGCAGCUUGGGCGAGGGCACCAAGGAGCGCGAGGCCCUGCGGCGCUCCAAUGAGGAGCUGCGGGCUGCUGUGAAGAAGGCAGAGGGCGAGCGCAUCAGCCUGAAGCUUGCCAACGAGGACAAGGAGCAGAAGCUGGCACUCCUAGAGGAGGCACGGACAGCUGUGGGCAAGGAGGCUGGGGAGCUGCGGACGGGGCUGCAGGAGGUGGAGCGCUCACGGCUGGAGGCUCGGCGGGAGCUGCAGGAGCUCCGGCGGCAGAUGAAGAUGCUGGACAGUGAGAACACCCGGCUGGGCCGAGAGCUGGCAGAGCUGCAGGGCCGCCUGGCGCUGGGUGAGCGGACAGAGAAGGAGAGCCGACGGGAGACCCUGGGCCUCCGGCAGAGGCUGCUGAAGGGCGAGGCCAGCCUGGAGGUGAUGCGGCAGGAGCUCCAGGUAGCCCAGCGGAAGCUGCAGGAACAAGAAGGCGAGUUCCGGACCCGCGAACGAAGCCUGCUGGGCUCCCUGGAGGAGGCACGCGCCACUGAAAAGCAGCAGCUGGACCACGCCCGCGGCCUGGAGCUGAAGCUGGAAGCGGUGCGGGCCGAGGCUGCAGAGCUGGGCCUGCGGCUGAGCGCGGCCGAGGGCCGGGCACAAGGCCUGGAGGCCGAGCUGGCCCGCGUGGAGUCGCAGCGGCGCGCGGCGGAGGCCCAGCUUGGCGGCCUGCGCUCGGCUCUGCGCCGGGGCCUUGGCCUUGGUCGCGCGCCCAGCCCUGCCCCGCAACCGGUGCCCGGCUCCCCUGCCCGGGAUGCGCCCGCUGGAGGAAGCAGGGAAGGGCUCAGCAGCCCCAGCACCUUGGAAUGCAGCCCUGGGUCCCAGCCACCAUCUCCAGGACCUGCUACCUCCCCAGCUCCUCCAGACCUGGACCCAGAGGCAGUGCGUGGGGCCCUCCGGGAAUUCCUGCAGGAGCUUCGAAGCGCCCAGAGAGAACGGGACGAACUUCGGACCCAGACCAGUGCCCUGAAUCGCCAGCUGGCUGAGAUGGAGGCUGAGAGGGACAGCGCAACGUCGAGGGCCCGGCAGCUGCAGAAGGCGGUGGCUGAGAGUGAGGAAGCCCGGCGCAGUGUGGAUGGGCGGCUGAGCGGGGUCCAGGCGGAGCUGGCGCUGCAGGAGGAGAGUGUGCGGCGCAGUGAGCGGGAGCGCCGGGCCACGCUGGACCAGGUGGCCACGCUGGAGAGGAGCCUGCAGGCCACUGAGAGCGAGCUCCGGGCCAGCCAGGAGAAGAUUAGCAAGAUGAAGGCCAAUGAAACGAAGCUGGAGGGCGACAAGCGGCGCCUGAAGGAGGUCCUGGACGCCUCUGAGAGCCGCACCGUCAAGCUGGAGCUGCAGCGGCGCUCGCUUGAGGGGGAGCUGCAGCGCAGCCGCCUGGGCCUGAGCGACCGCGAGGCCCAGGCCCAGGCUCUUCAGGAUCGGGUGGACUCCCUGCAGAGACAGGUGGCGGACAGCGAGGUGAAAGCAGGGACCCUGCAGCUGACCGUGGAGCGGCUGAAUGGGGCCCUGGCCAAGGUGGAGGAAAGCGAGGGGGCCCUGCGGGACAAGGUGCGGGGACUGACAGAGGCCCUGGCCCAGAGCAGCACGAGCCUCAACAGCACCCAGGACAAGAACCUGCAUCUACAGAAGGCUCUGACUGCCUGUGAACAUGACCGCCAAGUGCUCCAGGAACGGCUGGAUGCUGCCCGGCAGGCGUUGUCUGAGGCGCGGAAGCAGAGCAGCUCCCUGGGUGAGCAGGUGCAGACGUUGCGAGGCGAGGUGGCUGACCUGGAGCUGCAGCGGGUGGAGGCCGAGGGCCAGCUACAACAGCUACGGGAGGUGCUGCGGCAGCGGCAGGAGGGCGAGGCUGCAGCCCUGCACACAGUCCAGAAGCUGCAGGACGAGCGGCGGCUGCUGCAGGAGCGUCUGGGCAGCCUGCAGCGCGCCCUGGCUCAGCUGGAAGCCGAGAAGCGGGAGGUGGAGCGCUCAGCCCUGCGUCUGGAGAAGGACCGCCUAGCCCUCAGGAGGACGCUGGACAAGGUGGAGCGGGAGAAGCUUCGCAGCCAUGAAGACACAGUGCGGCUGAGCGCAGAGAAGGGCCGCCUGGAUCGCACCCUCACAGGGGCCGAGCUGGAGCUGGCCGAGGCACAGAGGCAGAUCCAGCAGCUGGAGGCACAGGUGGUGGCGCUGGAGCAGAGCCACAGCCCAGCCCAGCUGGAGGUGGACGCACAGCAGCAGCAGCUGGAGCUGCAGCGGGAGGUGGAGCGCCUGCGCAGUGCCCAGGCGCAGACCGAGCGCACCCUGGAGGCACGAGAGCGGGCCCACCGCCAGAGGGUGUGCGGGCUGGAGGAGCAGGUAGAAGGCCCCCUCAGAAGGCUGGGCCAGGAUGGAUGUGUGGGGCUGGAGGAAGAGGAGGGGGCCAGUCAAGACCUCGUGGGUAUAGGCAGUUGAUGGCUCCCAUAGCCAAAAAGAGUGUGGUUGGCUCUGUGCUGGUAUCGCCCAAGACUAGACCAGGGGCCACGGGAUGCUCCUGGGCCCCAGGCCUUCCUGCUAGACUCUGCUCCCCUAGCUCCAUCAGGGCAGCCUUCUCCAUGGGAGGCCACAUGGCCUCAGCAGCUCCAGCCUCCGGUUCUCCCAGCAACCUGUCAUCCCAGAGGAGAGCGGCUGCAGAAGCCCAGGCCUGUCCCUCACUGGCCCGCUCAGAUCACAUGCCCCUUCCUGACUAUACCUGAGCCAGCCUUGUCUGCCAGGCAAUGCUGCUCUGCUGGGCCAGACUAGGUCACAUGUCCACCCCUUGGGUCUGGGCUGGAGCCACGCCUACUCGUGAUGAUGGGGAUAAAGAAUGGGUGUGGAGUUCUCAAAGGCUCGGAACAGUCAGAAGACACCUGACUGCUGUAAGAAAUAAAAUGAGGGCAGCCCCUGGCUCUCAGCGAGGCCAGACCUUUCCUGAAACUGUGGCACUGGGUCCCUCCAGGUUCCCGGCUGCCUCCCUUUCUCUGAAGCCAGGCUGAGUACCGGCUAUCCUCACCUUCUCUUUCUUCCCCAGGUGUCCACACUGAAGGGACAGUUGCAGCAGGAGCUUCGAAGGAGCUCAGCACCCUUCUCCCCGCCCUCCGGCCCCCCAGAGAAAUGAGCCUCUGUUGGCAUCUAGAGAACAGCCCUGUGCCCGGGACAGGGGAGGGCCCUCCUUUUGGACAGCACCCCCAAACCUGGUCCCUUGGGGGCCCCCAGCCGGGGUGGGAUGAGAAGGUGUUCCACUUCUCAUCAGGGCUGAGGAGAGGUACUCCAGCUCCAGGCCUAGAGGCUUCCCGGCAUCCAGCGGGGCCCACCUCAUUCCAGCCCCCUCUUCCAGGACAAGCCACUGCAGAUCUUACAGGGUCCUCCUUUAGAGGCUGAGCCAUAGCCAGGGUUGGGGAGAGCCCUUUUCUCUGGUCAGCUCUGGAGCAUGAGCUCAUGGGAAAGAGGAGGGGGAGCAGGCCCAGGCCCUGAUUCCAGCUUCCCAGAGAUCUCUCCGCCUUAGUUCAGAGUGUGUGUCAGGAAAUUUCUCAGUGCUCAGAGUCCCUGUAUUUUUAUACUUUUACAAUGUUAACUGUUCAGAACUGUUUUUUGUAACAAGACUUCGUUUUCUAAAAAGUUUA